AUGCGAAUCGUUCCUCUUGUCGUAUUUUGCAUUGCGACUUAUGUUGCGAAGGUCGCGGACGGUGGUGAAACCAUCAGGACAACGUCAGAAAAUGGUAUAAAGCACAUCUUCAGACAGAAAAGUGAAGCAGAACGAGAUGAGAUACUUGUCGAUGAUAAAGUGACCCCGGAGACGAAGCGGAGGAGAAGACAAUCGUUGUUAAUCAAUCGAUUUGACGGUUUGUCGCGAAGCCGCAAAAUUAUAAACAAGUUGGAAGGAAUCAAGCGAAGAAGGAAGAAACGUGCUAAGGACAUCACCAGUAAUCAAAAUGCCUUCAAGAAUAAUGAUAUUGAUAAAGAUGUUGAUGAAGAGAAAGACACUUUAUCGAAAACACGAGAACUUCCAAUUUGGCAAGUUUCGGAACCCACGAUUGCUACAAUUGAUCUGAACUCUGCAAUAAAUUCGACGAUUGUAAGAACAGAAAUGAUUAAUCGCACCAUGUUUAUGACACCGCAAUCGAGAAAUUUAAAUUCUUAUCGUUCCUCUAAUAAAGCGAUUUCCAAAUUCCAAAAUUCGAAAUACGUAAGAAGCCCCGUUUUUGAAAAACUGAUCAACAAGAUACCACUUUCUGUGUAUCUUCCUAAAACACCUAUCGACGUAGAUUUGUCAAACUCUAAGUCAACUCAAAGGUUUGAAUGGAGAGAGAAUUCACUUAAUAUUAAACAAGAUUCACCUAAGGAUGAUCACUUAACUAAGGAUUCUAAUGAAAGAUUCCUGUUAGUACCGGUUUCUAAGGAUUUGUACAUUUUGAAGAAUAUCAAAGAUAAUUCUGAAACAAUUAUUCCCAAUCGUUCUAAAUUAUUAGGAAGAAAUAAGAUUGAAGAAAAUACAACAUCAGCCAUCAUCUCGUUUAAGGCUCAUAUGCACCAUGAUGUGAAAGACGUAGGUAGAGCGUAUCUUCAUCAUAGAGAUUCCAAUAAUAAUCACCGUUUAUUCGACACAGAUUAUUUAUAUACUGAUCUCGAUUCUGGUGUCCUUGAAGAAAACACGGAAAGUGUCUCUUCGUCACUUUCAUAUCCUAAUUUCUUAUAUCCAGGUGUUGCCUUUCAGACUCGUCCCGAUUUAAAUGACGCAGUUCCUAAAAUAUUCGACCAACAAGUCACCCUUAGCGUUCCGGAUUAUAAAUAUAUUUCUUCUGAAAAUAUGGCUUCGGAUGCUGAAGUCAUUCCUUACAAUUCUUUCAUAUUCCCAUUGACAUCUCCUUCUUUCGAUACACCAAAUUAUGACAAUAAUCUAGAUAGAAAUGAAAAUAAUAUGAAAUCUGGAACCUCAAUUUCAAGCGAAUUUACUGAUGAGAAAUCGACUUAUUCCAACGAUUUCAAUUACAACAAAUUUAUUGAUGAAAUAUUGUUUAAUAAUUAUACUAUGAAAUUGGAUUCGUUUCUUAACGUCGAAGAUUACACAACAUCCUCUUUAUUACUUUCCGUCACCAAUGAGUGGUCAUUGAAGAAGGAGCAGUCUAAUGUGGGGAACCCACGCGCUUUAUUAAAGGCAAUUGAACCGUUGUCCUCGGAGUUAACAAAAUUGCUAAGCGCUGUUAAAUUGGUCAACCAAAGUAUUAGCGACGUACAAACGGACUGUGCGAUAAGAAAAUGUUAUCAGAUCAGCGAGGAUCGAACGAGAUAGUAAAGAGAGAAAACCACGAAUAUUGCAGAGUUAAUUAAUAGCAAGGAUGAUUUCGAUCUCUUUAUAGGAAGUUCUGACGAUCAAUCUCUGGACAAGAAGCAGAUUAAAAUUAUAGAAAAUAUUACAGAUCGGAUGAAUAAUGAUGUAGAAUUUAAGAGAAAAUUUAACGACUACUUCUUAAAUAAAUUAACAACACCGCUGCACAAACGAGGAAGCUCGAGUAGCAGUGAUCGCAAAAUGCGCAAUAAUCAUAGAAACUUAAAAUUAAACGAGUUCGCAGACAAAGUAAAAGAUAACAAAAUAAAUUUUUUAUUAAAUAAGAAACGAGAGCUGACAACGCGAUACAGUGGAACGAGUAAAUUGUCUAGCGACAAGGAGAAGAAAUAUUCUUCCGUGGACCCGCAAUCUCAUUUUUUUAGGGAAGCGACGGCUUAUCUCGACAUACUUCGAUUGUUGGACAUGACGAAGAAACCUUAUGUGGAACUGACUAACAUUGUAACAGAGUCGCUGAUCUCAACUACAGAGUUUUUUGGCAUUACAAUCUUGCCCUAUCCUAUUGAGAGAUCAAUAACUACCACUAUGGAGACAUCUACAACAAAGGAGAAAAUAGGUUAUGAAGUUGUGGAAGCUAUAUCACUGACACAAUUGUCAGUUACGUUGAGUGCUUUCACGAUAACGAUGCCUACUACACCGUCACAAUUUUAUACGACAGAACUACCAAUUUUUCCGAUUAAUGAAAUCCUUCAAAUUGAAAAAACAACGUUGGCUGUUGCGAUGCUUACUGAAGUGACUGAAACUUCUACGGUAAAAUUGACAACCAAAUCUGCCAUGCUGUUAACAUCAUUUUUAGAAGGUAUCACAAAUAUUACUUUAAGAAUCACAGUUCCUGCGAUUACUUUGACAACUUUAAUCGAGGAGGCAUUCACGACUGAGGAAGAAAUUGUAGAAAGUACAUCGACGAUGAAGGUAAUGCAAAGUUUCCCUGCCGAAACAAGCAUAUCUUUGUAUAUAACUUUGACCGUACCAUCAUUUAUAACUGCAGAAACUGCAGAAUCGAUAAUUCAAGCAACAACUCCUACCAUACCAGUUUUAACAUCAUUGAUAGUUACAAAACAACCUCGAAUUACAAUACCGAUAGAAGAAGCUACUUCUGUAACUGAAAAAAUGGUUACAGUUAUAAGUCCAACUAUAAUGAUAACUAAAUCUACAGUUAUUUUAGAUGAGAAUACAACUUUGUAUAAAGCUAUAACGUCGGCAAGUACUGCAAAAAUAACAGAAGCUAGUUUAGCCGCCGGAGAAAUUAAAAUGACAUCUAUAGAGAGUACAACUAUUACAGAAUAUAUAACUUUACCAACCACACAAUUUGUUUCAACUGCGCAGAUAACUAAAGGUACAACUAAAACAUCAAUAACUUCAACUAUCACAGCAAUCACAAGCUCGCCUACAAUUUCGGAAAGAACAGAGACGAUUUUAAGCACAUCGACAGAGAUUACUAUAAUUACUUUAAUACCGGAAACAGAGAGUCCAGUGACGCAGAUCGAGAAAACUAUAACAACGGAAGAAAUAACGAUGGCAACCCCAACAAUUAUUGAAACUCCAAUGACUACUAAAAUUUCGAUAAUUAGCGACACUUCAAUGUUUAAUGAAACUUUAACAUCUCCAACAACUACCGAAGUUUCACCUACAAAAAGAACCGAAACCGUUCUAACCACUAUAAAAGCAACAAUCACAAAAAUUCUAACGCCUUCUGGAAUUUCAACAAUUAUCAACACUUUAUCUUUCAAACUUCGAACAACCAUUAAAUCUUCAACGACUACCGAAAUCUCGACGUUAAUUGAAAGUCCAACAACUACCGAAAUUCUAACGACUAUCAAAACUUCAAUAAUUCCCGAAACGAUUGAGAGCACUUCAAUAUCUAUUACAGUCACUACAGCAAAGACAUUUCCAACUACGUUAUUAAUAACGACAAAAUCUGCUACAACUUCUGGUAAAAUCACAGUACUACCAACUAUACUUACUACAUUAAAAUUAACCACACCAUUAUUCUUGGUCACAAAUACAACGCUAAGCGAAACGCCAUGUACUUUUUUGACAGAAGAAAUUGAGACUACAACUUCUUCAAUAACAUCUACAAUAUCCUCAAUUAAACCAACUACAAUAUCUACAAUUAAAUUAACUGCAAUAUCUACAAUUAAACCAACUACAAUAUUUACAAUUAAAACAAAGCCAACUACACUGUCUAUAUUAAUGACUACAAUGACAUUUUUAAAUACAAGUGUAACAAUAAAUAAAACACUGUUCACCACUAUUUUUACCACGUUUAAAACAGCAACAAUCGAGACCGCGACUUUUCCAAUGAGUCCUGUUAUUACAACAUCUCCGUUCGAUGUUACGCAGGAAACAACGCUAAUUCCAUCAAUUGUGGGUACAAAUACAACGCUAAGUGAAAUAACUUUUAAUACGUCUUUGAUAGAAAUGACCGAAGAGUUAACUUUGACAACUAUAUCGUUAACUGAAAUAGUUUCCACAACGAGUUUAGUUGAAUCAAUAACGGAAGAGCUUAUUGCAACUUGGAUCACUACAGAAGAAACCAUUAUCACAGAAGCGACAACUUUAAUGACGUAUGUACCAUUAUCUACCACAAUGUUUUCUAUCGAAAUCACGACAGAAACAACUUUGUUUGAAAUGGAAACAGUUAGUGCUAUAAGUAGCGAAGAAAUAUCCACAAUCGCAAAAGUUACAGCUGUUAGUUUUACUACAAUAACUGAAGAAUCUUCUUUGAUAAAAGAGAUAACAACAUCUGUUACAUCAUUGCCAAUUACUGAAAAACUAGAGCAAAUAACAAUCUUAAAAUCUGAUAUGACGUUUAAUUCUCUGUCCGAAUUUACUUUGUCAAUAUUAAUUACGACGGAAACAUCCGCUACUAUGCCGGAAGUUAUUUCCGUAUUAUCAGAAACUAUAUCGGAGGAAAGAGAAUUUACAACGAAAUUAACAAGUCCAUCAAUAACAUUCACUUUAGAAAGUUCAACAUUAUUUACCGAAAGAAGAAUUCAGCCCACUAUUUCAACUUUAACAGCGAUCACUACGGAAAUGCCAGAAGCCGAAACAGAAUAUUACGUAGCAAAGGAACCAUUCUAUGAAGAAUAUGAAGAGUAUGAGAAAUACGAUACUGAAAUACCCACUGAUAAUUGGUAUUAUUAUGAAGAGUAUGAAACUACGGUGAAGAGUAAAACGACUACGACAUCGAGUACAGUAAAAUAUACAAAACUGCCUAAAGAAACAGCAACAAGUUCAUCUUUUGAUAAAGGUACAACAUCUUCGUAUGAAAUAAAAACUUCAAAGUUUACAAUGUAUUCUACAACUUCUAUAUCGACUCAUACUGAUGUAAUUUUAACUACAACUACCGCAAAAAUACCUUACACAUUCGUUGAAGAAAAAUUUACUAUAACUUCUAUCUUGAAAACAUCUGCGAAGAUUAUUGAGAAUGUAACGACGACUGAAGUAGAAACCAUGUUUACAACAUCCAUGACGAGUAAAGAGGAAGAAUCGACGACAAUAAUGACGUUAACCUUUGGCUCUACGGAAGAAUAUACUCUUCUCCCUUCGACAGUUUUCGAAAUCAUCACGAAACCGCUUGAAUACCUGACGAUUCCUGCCAAAUAUACAGAACCUACAUCAAAAUUUUUGACGCAGAUCUGGUAUAGUGUUACCGCGCCGGAAGAGAUUUCGACUUUACAAAAAAUUUCGACGGAGAUUGAAUUUACUUCAGUGGAGAAGUUGAUUUCCUUUUUCGUCUCAUCAACGUUGACGACAUUAUCGGAAAGAGAAGCUAUUGGGGUAACAACCUCAGAGAUAAAAACUGCUACCGAAGUAAUCACUUUGGCGACGAAGUUAAUUACAAAAGAAGAGACUACUCCGUAUACCACAACUGUCCCAGAAAUUGAAACCGAAUUUAUUACGAGACGAACUACAAUUAGGCGAGAGGAACAGAGAAAACAGUUACUGCAACUACUCAAGGAUCUCAAGCAGCGUGAGAGAGAAGUGGCGGAGAGAGAGGAAAGGUUAAAGGAAAAGGAACGACAAUGGGAAAAGAAGAAACAUGAGGAAAUAAUGCAUCGUGAAAGGGAGAAGACAAAGAAUAUUACAAUAGUGAGUGGUACAACUGCGAGUUAUGUUACUGUAACUGUAUCUCCUACUGUAGAGAUUAAAAUCACAUCUUUUCUUCUCGAGACGUCGAGUUUAGCCGAGAUUAUUACAACUUUCAUCAAAACAACGCCAUUAUACAUCACAGAGGAAGGUAUAUUUGCGACUAACAUCACAGAAUGGACAGAAGAGACUACGGAAGAAAGUACUUCUGUGUUUUCAAUAUAUAUGGCAGAAGUAACAGAGGAAACGGCUAUACUUUAUACUACGGAGGAAAGUACCUCUGUUGUAGACUUAUAUAAUGUCAGUUUGGUUUCGAUCGAAACCACCACCGAAGAAAUGUACACUACGAGUUAUAAAACCGCUUACCUGAGUGAACCUUUAUUUACUUUGCCUACGAUGGUGUUCACCAGUCCGAUUACUUUGGCUAUUGACGAAUUCACUACUUUACCUACUGCUACAUUUACCAGUUCAUAUAAAAUGGGUGUAACUUCAAUAGCGAUCCCAGUUAUUACAAAAGAAAGAUAUACUACAAGUUAUGUAACUCUUUGUAGUGCUUUUCCAUUCACUACAAUGACAACAUUAAUUAGUCUAAUCACACCGACUAUUGGUAUUACUUCACCUAUUUCGAGUACAACCUCUAUUUCGUAUAUUACGGAAAAAACAGUAGACAUUUAUAGCGAAUCUUCUGUCACUUCAUUAGCAUUUAUUGAGACAACUACAGCUAUUGCAAUUAAGGAGAUGGAAUAUGAUGAAGAAAUAGAGAGUCUGAAGGAAGAAUUGCGCAAGAAGGAACGCGAACUGGAGAAGAGAGAACAAAUGUUGCUGGAAAGAGAGAAACGAUUAGAGAAUAAUAUAAUGGAAUUUGAAUUGUAUAUGAAAAAAGUCAAGGAAGAGGAAACAUUGCGCACAUUGAUUGCAUUGUCUGAAAAACCGAUUGUGCCGACGAGUUUAUCAACGCUUGUCCCACCGACCGAAAAAAUCCAAGUAGCAACGCAGAUUGAAAAAGUAACCGACCAGAAAGAAAAUCAAACUACCACAAAAAUGGUGACUUCGCCAUACAAGGCUACAAAAGUGAAAGAUAUUAAAGAGGAAAAGCGGACAAGAUAUGUUCCCGAAAAGGUCGUGACACAAAAGAUGGAAGAAGAGAUUGUGACGAAAAGAAUAUGCCUGAACGUUCUGGAAAAUACGACGAUUCCUUUUGUAGCAAAGAAAGUGUGUCUAUCAUAUUUCCCUGAAAAAAACAGAGAACAGAAGUCGGUAGGUCGUGUAAACAGAAAGCUUCUCUCGUUGAAAAAUACGAGAGAAAUUAGGAAGUUAAAAUUUCGAAAUUUUUCAUCAAAUUUUCGGUAUAAACGAGCGAGAGGAGAGAUAGGAACGACACGUAAAAUUGAUAACUUGCAAUUAUCGCAUCAUGAAUGGCUGAGUAACGGAAUCACAAAACCAAUGCGACAUUUUAAAGGUUUCACCAGGAUCUAUGGAAAAAAGGAAAAUAUUUCUCCCAUUAAUACAGAAGAAGAUUCUAUCCAUAAUUUUCGAGGUAAAACUUCUCUUUACGAACAACGUAUUCUUGAUCCCUAUGAAAAUAACUUUCCAAAAACUUUUACGUUAGUUAAGAAAUACAGAAAAAGAAUGGCUUAUUUCAUCGAACAUAAUUUAAUUUCUGCAAGAAGGAAUAACUUCUCCAAUAACAAUGGUAAAUGUAUUGAAAAGAGAAAUGUUUUGCCAGCAGAGAAAAAUACAGCCAGCGUUUCGAAUCAAAAAGCUACAAGUGCAAUAAUCGAGGAAGAGAAAUUAGGUGAAAAAGAGGAUGAAUUUUACACGGUAAACGUGCUACAUCUCAGCUAUAAUAAAGACAGAGAGACGCAUGAAGUAAUAUCCGCUAAACCGAAUAAAGACGAAUUAGCAAUGAUUAUAUCUGAGUCAAAUGACGACAGUGAUGUUACCAAAUUUGAGGAAGAUGAUAAGAUUGCAACGUCGUACUAUGAAGAGAAAAAUAAUUUACAAGAGGGAAACGAUCUACAGGAGGAAGAAAAAUCAGCAGAAGAUGAGUCUUUCGAGGAUAUGUUCGAAAAUUAUAUGAAUUAUGAAGAACAUACGACAUCGGUGUCGAUACGUGACGAUAAAUUUUUACACGACAGAGGUGAGAAUAAAAGCAAGAUGGAAAAUGAAGCAAAAUUAUUAAAUCAAAUAUGGCCUACGGAAAAAAGUACGACGUAUCACCUGGGUGGCACUAGAUUUUGGGAACUCGAAGUUACGGAACCGUCAGUUGUAUUUAGUUUUACAACUGAAGAAAGCGAAGCUAUUAACGUAUCGGUUACUAGAACAACGUGUCUCUACGUUGUCCUAAAAAAUAAAAUAAGCACCGACGCGGAAAUGAAACGUAAUAUACAUUACAACAAACGAAAUGUUUAUAAUAAUAAAACGAAAAAGUAUAAUAUUUAUAUGGAGAAGCAAAAAAUCGGUCUUAAAAAUAUAACGCGAAAGAAUACGCAAAAUUUGCGCGAAUUGAAUCGACACGAACAGAAUUCCGAAGUGAAAAGAAAACCUGACGAGUUUUCUUCGCGUAUUAGCAAUAAAGAUUUAAUAACAGCAAAAACUCGAAAAUUGUGUAGUGUCAAUGGAAACAAAUCAAAGCAUCGAAUAAUUAAAUCUAAAGAUAGUAUAAAUAUCAGAGAUAAAACUAGAAAGAGACAAUCAGCAAAAUCGCAAAAAUCACAAAACAUUAGUUUGCACUCUUUUAAAAGUUGUACAGACAGCUGUAGCGUAAAUAAAAAAAAUUCGGACAAAACAAUUACAAAAAGCAGCGAAUCUAUAUUGAACAGAGUAAGCUUUUCGUUGGACGAAAUUAAGGAGCUUAAUUGUAGCGUAUAUAAAGAGACCCAGGAUAAGAUAGUGAUUUUGAUGGAUUCUGACGUGGAAGAAGCUAAAGAAUUUCCACAGCCUCAUUAUAACAUCGAAUCGUUGAAGGGCCAAAAAUAUCUCAAGCUGAAAGAGUUGGAAGAUGAUUUUAUUAAGAGCGAUUUGGAACUCGGCAAUGAUCAUGAUAUCGUUUCAUUGCCCGGUCUUAAUCUUAAUUUGCCCUGUAAUCAAGACGGGGAUGGUAUCACUUGGCUAUCGAGUAUCAGCAGACCGAGUUAUGUAUGGAAAAGGACCGACGGCAUCGCAAUUUUUGGUUUUGUGGCUGAAAACGGUGAUUUGGCAUUGCGAAACGUAAAUGCCAAAGAUACAGGAAAUUACACAUGUAUUGCGACAUAUAUAGGCCCUGAGACUGAAGAACCUGUAGAAACUAUCUACGAAGUUCGUUUGCAAGUUGUAACACUACCAAGAUACAUUAUACACGGUGAAAAUCGUUACUAUGCGCGAUCUUGCGACGAAAGGGAUUUGGACAUAUUGAUGACGUAUCUUCCAGUUAAACUGAAUGAUAUUAUAUGCGAGACAGAUAUUUGCAAUGCUUAUAUCUUGACACCAUCUUGCUCUCGAAGCCAAAUCACAAUAAAUAUUUUGUUAUUGCCAUCGCAUAUCGUCAAAUUGAUGACAAUCGAUUCCAAACGUUGCAAUGUCUUUUGUCUUCAAGCCAUUCAGAACAAACUUUCGUUGAUACUGAGUAAAAAUUUAAAAACUCUUCUUACGAAAACUAUUAUUUUCAGAUUACCUCAUUAUGAGCAGAGAUUGGUUCCGAUCGCUGAAAAAUCCACGUUUGCAAGAUGGAAAAGAGGAAGGACAAAUGGAUUUGCCCGAAAAACUAGCAAUAUCGGCCUGUUUUCCAGCUGCCCGGCUGGAUAUGGUCUUCAUAGCACACAUUGUAUUCCUUGUAAUAUGGGAACUUAUAGCGAAGACGGAAUAUCACACUGCAAAAAAUGCCCACCCGGUAUGUAUCAACCGAAUCAUGGUGCCAGAGUUUGUCGUACGUGCACUGAUCCAUUGACCAAAGGCUGUUAUAAUAUGCUCUGGAGUUCUUUUUCCGCUAUAAUGAUAACUUUGGCAAGUCUCGGCGUGAUGCUAUCGAUAUUUUUGCUAUUCUUAUGGAUAAUCUGCUGCGCUAAGAAGAAAUUUUGCGCAAAACAGAUAGCUAGUAUUAUACCUAAAGAAGACGCAUUUGAACAAGAGAAUCCUACACAGGAGCAAUUAUUAAUUAAAGAUGAAAGUGAAAAUGAAGAUCAGCAAUGGGAUAAUGAAAACAAAGCUAAAAAAGAAAGAAAAAUUGUACGUGAAGAUGAAUGGGGAUCGCAUCGUAUAAAAAAUACUCCGAUCGUUUGCCCGGAUUCUUAUCGGUCUCAUGAAGAUUAUAACAACUAUUAUUCAAAGCAAUCAUAUCGUAAAGGACCCCGACUGCCAGAAUGUGAUUUCGAUACAUGAUAAAAGACGCGAUAUAUCAGAAUAUGUUACAAAUAGCGCAGAAGAGAAUUGUGUAGUCUAAGAAAGAUAAGAUUGUAUAAAUAUUUUAGAUUUAAUUUUACUUUGUAUGUAACAUCCGUCCGAUAGGCACACAUUUAUUUUUCCUGUCAAGAGAUAAUUAUA